GUCAUCUCAUCGAUCGCACAAAAAAGCACCCAAAAUUUUACCUUAUCUAUCUAUCCAAGAACAGUGGUAGUAGCAAUAGUAAAAAGAAAAGUGGUGGUGGUGGUGGUAUGGUAUGGUAGCAAUCCCCUCCUCCUUUUUGCAGGUUAUAACCCACAAACACACACAAGGCCACCACCACCAUUGUUGUGUGUUUGUGUAGCAAGAAGGGCCAACUGUGUAGCAACAACAGCACAAGCCCAUUUGCACCCUGCCACUACCACCACACCCCAUAUGCAUGUUGGCUCCUGGCGCGCCGGUGGUGGUUUAGAUGGAUACACUGUUUAGGUUGGUUAGCCUCCACCAGCAUCACCAGCACCAACAAGCAGCAGCAGGAGCAGCGUCCUCCUCGCCGGACCAGCACCACCACCAGUCCCCCUACAGCUCCCGCUCCACCACGUCCCGCAGCAGCACCACCUCCACCGGCUCACGCUCCUCCCCUUCCUCCUACCACACCCACAACCACCACUCCAACUCCCACUCCCACUCCCACUCCUACUACAGCAGCAGCCAGGCCGCCGGCUACUACUACGACAACCCCGCCGGCAGUGGCAGCGGCAGCGGCAGCGGUGGAGGAGGAGGAGGAGGCUCCGGCGGCGGCUACUACUACGACCACCACCACCACCACCACCAGCCGGCGGCGGCGCCGUACCAAGAAGAAUGCGGCAACGACCACCGCUUUUACAUGGAUGAAGACUUCUCCUCCUCGUCCUCGUCCCGCCACUUCCAGCCGCGCGGGGCCCCGCCCGCGCAGCCGCCGCCCUCGUCGUCUCCCGCGCCCACGCCACCGCACCAGCAGCCCGCGUCCACGUCGUCCGGCGCCGCCGCCGGUGGUGGCGGCCACCUGUUCGAGGCGGCAGACUUCUCGUUCCCGCAGGUGGAUAUCGACCUCGACUUCAGCUCCCCCGCGUCGUCCUCCGGCGCGGGCGCCGCCGCCGCCUCGUCGUCCUCGGGCGGCGGCGGCGCCGCCGGGCGGUGGGCCGCGCAGCUGCUGCUGGAGUGCGCCCGCGCCGUGGCCGCCCGCGACAGCCAGCGCGUGCAGCAGCUCAUGUGGAUGCUCAACGAGCUGGCGUCGCCGUACGGCGACGUGGACCAGAAGCUGGCGUCCUACUUCCUCCAGGGCCUCUUCGCGCGCCUCACCACCUCCGGCCCGCGCACGCUGCGCACGCUCGCCGCCGCGUCCGACCGGAACACGUCGUUCGAGUCCACGCGACGCACCGCCCUCAGGUUCCAGGAGCUGAGCCCAUGGGCGUCCUUCGGUCACGUGGCCGCCAACGGGGCCAUACUCGAGGCGUUCCUCGAGGCGUCGGCGGCUGGGGCAGCGGCGGCGUCCUCUUCCACCUCGUCGUCGUCCUCGCAGCAGCAGCAGCCGCCGCGGCUGCACAUCCUGGACCUGAGCAACACCUUCUGCACGCAGUGGCCGACGCUGCUGGAGGCGCUGGCCACGAGGUCGUCGGACGACACGCCUCACCUGUCCAUCACCACCGUGGUGCCCACCGCCGCGCCGGGGUCCGCGGCCGCGCAGCGCGUCAUGCGGGAGAUCGCGCAGCGCCUCGAGAAGUUCGCGCGCCUCAUGGGCGUGCCCUUCACCUUCCGCGCCGUGCACCACGCGGGGGACCUCGCGGAGCUCGACCUCGACGGCCUCGACCUCCGCCGCGAGGGCGAGGGCGGCGCCACCACGGCGCUCGCGAUCAACUGCGUCAACGCGCUGCGCGGGGUCGCGCCGGGAGGCGCGCGGCGGCGCGACGCGUUCGUGGCCUCGCUCCGCCGGCUCGAGCCGCGCGUGGUCACCGUCGUGGAGGAGGACGCCGACCUCGUGGCGGCAUCCGACGAGUCGUCGUCGUCGUCGUCGGCGGCGGCGGCCGAGGAAGCAGAGGCGGCGUUCAUGAAGGUGUUCACCGAGGGCCUCCGCUUCUUCUCGGCGUACAUGGACUCCCUGGAGGAGAGCUUCCCGAAGGCGAGCAACGAGAGGCUGGCGCUGGAGAGGGCGGCGGGGCGUGCCAUUGUGGACCUCGUGUCCUGCCCGGCGUCGGAGUCCGUCGAGAGGCGGGAGACGGGGGCGUCGUGGGCGCGGCGCAUGCGGUCAGCCGGCUUCUCCCCCGUGGCGUUCAGCGACGACGUGGCCGACGACAUGCGGUCGUUGCUGCGCCGGUAUCGGGAGGGAUGGACCUUGCGAGAGCCAGGUGCAGACGACGGCGUGGCGGCCGGGGUGUUCCUGGCAUGGAAGGAGCAGCCGGUGGUGUGGACGAGUGCGUGGAGGCCAUGAUCGAUCUUCAUGCAUGGAUCAGAUGGUGCUCGAUCAUCGACAUGUAUGCUCUAGCUAGCUCGCAGCAUAGCGCAUGCAUGGCAUCACUUGCAUUGAUCGUGUGAGUGGCGGCAACACGUACUAGGAGCAGAAGAAGGUAGCGUGCUUUAUUUUAUUUUAUUCACUUAUUAAUUGGAGGAUGGAUCGAUCUUAGCACUGUUUACCACAUUACUUAGGUUUUUUCCAGGGGCGUAAGUAUGUAGGGAUCGGAGAAGCUAAAGAUCAGGAUGUUUAUUUUUUAAAUUAGAAAUUUGGGAGGAAUUAAUUUGACAUUGUUUAAAGAUCGGGAGCAGCAUAACGCAUGCAUAUUAUUAGAGGGUAAGUGUGUAGCUUAGUUCCUCAUAUUCUUCUCUUCAAGCAUUUUUGCAGCCAGAGUAAGUUGCAUUUGGUUUCAUGGUUUGAUUUGUUACUUUACUUCCUUCAUUUUUCCUCUUUUCAUUUGCCGUACUUGCCCCGUCGUCCAAGGAAAAAUGCAAUUCUCGUUUAUCAAAAAAUCAAAUCGUUUGAAAUUUGACUGAAGUUACGUAAAAAGGUGCUAUAACAUUCUUGAUACAAAAUAGGUAACAUUAAAUUAGCUAUAUAAAAUAUAUUUUUGUAAUAAAUUUAUUUGAAAAUGUAAAAGAUAAUACUAUAUAAACUUAGUCAAAAUUAAGCUAAUUUGAUCGGCACGGAUGUUGUAGUUAUAUUCUUUUGUGGAAGGAGGGUAGCUUCUUUUAGUUUUUUACCGGUUAAAAUUGACUCCGCUCCUGCAUGGAUGGUUCUCGUCGUGCCAUUCGUUUGGACUGAUGCAAGCAACCGUAGCUUGUCGCCUCCAUCUGAUGUGUUUGGCAGCUCAGAUCCUGUUUGCCGAGUCUUGACAAGAUUUGCAUGUAAAGGACGAACCAUAGAACGGAUUACUUCCAUUAUUCUAUACUUUUCAAACAUCGUAUCUCAUAGAAGCUAGCUAGGGAAAAUAUACUAUGACGAUUUCGCCGCUAACUUCUUCCUCUCGCAUUCAUAUGUAUGUGCAUGGUGAGGUCUUCUUUGUAUAUAUAUUGGUAUGAGAUGAAAAAUGGAAGAUAUAUUUGACAA